UCAAAUGAAGAAAAAAACCCCAGAAAAAUAAAUAAAAAAGAGACGCGUCCUCCAAGGAACUGCGCUGCACCCGCGACUUAUUAAAUAUUAUAAAUAUUAAGGUCAAGACAACACUGGCAAAACUGGUACCUCAAAACUUUGACCUCUUGCUCUGAAGCUUUGAACUUUCAAUCUUUGAGCUGAAAAGUACCUUCCUUACCAAGGUAUUCAUUCAUUCACUUAAUACACAACCACAACAACCCAUACCUUUCUGAUCGAUUGAUCGAUUGAUCUAUUGAUUAAUUCCUUAAUUGAUCCAUCUCCAUUUGAUUUUUCUUUUAUUUACUAUCCUUUUGGCUCAAGUAUCUAGGGCCCCAUUUGCGAAUAGCGAAUAGCUUGCCCGCUCAUUUAUUUUAAACACCACACACACUAUCCACGACAUUUAACUUCACGCAUAUUUGGCUGGCCUCGAACCACUUUCGUCAGGAUUUAAAGUAUGAAUUGAUUAUAGACUCUCUACAAGAUGAACGGAACCCCGAGAAUGCGUUCUGGCUUUCCGUCUACUCCGGGCAGUGGCCCAGGCCAAAGAAAUCCAACAGGGCGAGUGACAUCCCCGUUACGGGAUCUUCCCACGGCUUCACCUGCUGCCACAGAAUCCGAUGCGCCAUUAAUACCCGUCGAACUUAUCGAUGCUCCUAGUCAGCGCAUGUAUGUUACAGGAUUAUAUGGCUUGCUGCUGGUAUGGCGUUUGUAUGAUUGGUGGCAGUUGAUAGAGGAUGAAUCUGAGUCCUUUCCAUUGUUCAUGAAAUGGGUAAUGCUGGACGCCUUAUUUCUAUACUGGGUACCGAAACUCCGCAUACCAUGGCUGGAGUGGUCACAAUCGACAUCCCAUGUAGCUUUUGGGCUACAUGCCAUCUUUGAUUUCGUGUUGAUGUUCAGAAUUGGAGUAAGUGGUUCCUGAAGCAGCUUUGGGGACAGUACAGCUAAUUAUGUGAAGCUUCCUCUCCAAGGAUGGAUUCUACUUCUCACAAAGACCUUUUUUGACAGUGAGCUCUCCAUUUCGGAGAACAGUGUGCGACCUGCCGCCAUUUUGCACAACUCAUCUUUGAUUAUGGGUCGACAAAUUAUCAAUAUAUUGCCAGAAGGGUUUGUUCCAACCAAAACUGCAUAUCUCCACAGCAUGCCGUGCUAAUACUAAUCUUUAACAGAUCUGCAACAUUGAACCCUGAUGGUCUUCCAUUCUGUUUAGACAGUAGUCGCCCUACCGUCAAGCUCCCCAUGUACUUCAACCAGACGAAACCUGUACACAUUGAACUACUGCGCUUUGACUUUGAUACAAAUGCAAACGAAACGAUUGAGUUGAAGAAAAGGGACAUGAAGAACUUUCGAAGGAUGGAGGAUGAGCCCAAUGUUUACACUCUCGACUAUACUGUGAAGAAACCCGGAUUAUACAGACUUCACAAGAUUGUAGAUCAGUCGAAGCUCGAAGUACAGCGAAGAAUGUCCGACACACUUGUUGUGAAAUGUCCCAAAGCGGUCAUCAGGUCCACGAGUUCGGACAAGUGUCUAGGAGACCUUUCUGACCUUUCCAUCGAACUUGAGGGAACGGCCCCAUUAAAGAUUGUGUAUGGACGUACUAUCAACGACAAAGAUCGCAGUUUCCACUUCCAAAGCAACCAACCUGAGAAUUUUGUUUCGCCGCUUUCGGGUGCAACUCGGCCUAGCACAUUACUUUCUUCGGGGAACCUGGAUGUUUCAUGGGGGCAGGCAAGAAAAGUCAUUAUCCCAUUAAAUGAAUCCAUGACCCCAAGCGGGUUGUGGUUAUACUCAAUCAACGAGAUUCACGACGCUACCGGAAAUGUUGCAAAUUUCACGCUUGUUGGUGAAGAUGGGGAGCUCAUCUAUCCUAAAAAUUCACACAUGGAGCAGAGUCUCAUAGUCCAUGAGAGGCCUCUUGCAAGGCUCACGGGCUGUGAUUCUAGGAGUCCGAUAAUGGUUGCGAAUGGCCAGACAACAGAGCUUCCAGUUGAAUAUGCAUCGCCUGGCCGAACACCAGAUGAUACCUCUCACACCUUGACGUACAAGUUCUCGCCUCUUGACACCUUGACUCCUGCGGGCGACCAUGGUACUGAGGUGAUUUUCGAGGAAUAUUCUGCACGCCAUGCCCAUCAAUCGCCAAUUAUUCGCGAACCAGGUCUUUAUACCCUCGUUGGUGUCAAAAGCAAAUUCUGUGAAGGUGAAGUUAGAGAGCCUGCUUCUUGCUUGCUCCUCAAUCCACCUGAGCCGCAGCUAUCUAUAAAUGCUGAGAAUAUCAACGAUAAAUGUGCUGGCAACUCCAUAGGGCUACUCGUUGAUCUUGAUCUAAUUGGUACCCCACCAUUCGUCGUAAGAUACAACAUAAUUACAAAGAGCGGUCUUAAGCAUGAAUCAGUGAAAGUAUCUGGCUUACGGCACCAACUAGAGCUUAAACCCCGUGACGCAGGCCAUUUCAAAUACCAGUUCACCUCUGUGGAUGACGCUGUUUACAAGAACCACAAAUUGAAUAGCAAUGAUCUAGUUCUGGAACAGGAUGUCAAGCCACCAGCUUCAGCUUAUCUUAGACGACCGGCCGGUAAUAUCGACGCUUGUAUUGAGGAGCCCGUCGAGAUGAAUGUCGAGCUUUCUGGCGAGCCACCUUUUACAUUAGAAUACGAGAUUGUCCAUGACGGUAGACGUCGAAAGCAAAAGGUCACUGGAAUUGAAAGUGACAUAUACAAGAUCAAGACGGAUCCUUUAAUCACUGGUGGCGAAUAUUCUCUCGCUCUUGCAAGCGUCCAAGACAAGACGGGCUGCAAGAUAUUCCUUAAUGGUGAGGUCAAAUUCAUGGUUAGACACCAAAGACCACGAGUCGCUUUUGGUCAUCUGGACGGAAAGCACAAGAUUAUGACUAUCGAGGGUACCAAUAUCCCGCUACCUUUGCGCUUGACUGGCCAGCCUCCUUGGAACAUCAAGUAUCGAAAUGUUGAUGAUGAUUCUGGCAAGAUCUUGGAGAAAACAGCCAUGUCAACCAAUGAUGCGGUCAAGGUUGAUGCUCGUGGUACAUACGAGUUACUUGAUGUGUUCGACAACCAGUGCCCUGGAACAGUCGAUCCCAAGGCAUCCUUGUUUGAGGUUGAUUGGCUCCCCAGACCGAAAAUAAAGCUUGUGGAUAAUUCAGCUCUUGUAUUGCAAGGGGAGAAAUAUGUCAAGCAUGAAGUAUGCGAAGGCGAUAUUGACGCAGUGGAGAUCAACCUUAUCGGUGAGUUGAAUAAUUUGUUUCAGGAUCACAUCUGGCCCGGCUAACAUAUCGCAGGUGCUCCCCCUUAUCACGUCAAAUAUCAAAUUCGUCAUAAACCGGAACAUGGCUCGGCAUCUAUCAGUAACAAAGAGUUCGAUGCAGGUCUUGGGCUUUCGACUGUUGCCAUGGAUACAAUUAAGCCUGGCCUUUACGAGUAUAAAUUUUCCGAGCUUUCUGACAAUCUAUAUGACCAUGACCCAAAGAAGUUUUCGCCGCUCAUUCUUGAGCAAAAGGUCAACAGGAAACCGGCGGCACAUUUCAUAAAACCAGGACAGUCCUACAAGUAUUGCAAGGAAGAGCUAGCCGGAGAUGAAGUCAUUCCUAUCAAAUUAGAAGGCAUCCCUCCCUUUUACCUGGAGAUUGAUAUCAAACACCAAAGCAGUACAAGACCCGAAACUGUCAAAAUUGCCAAUAUCGAUUCUAACAAUUAUGAUUUCCGGAUCCCUCAUCGAGUUUUAUCUCUAGGCAUUCAUCAGGUCAGUGUACGAAAAAUUCGCGAUUCCAGAGGAUGCCAGCAGAAAACCGAACAUGGUGCUCCUCAUGUACAAGUACAAGUUUACGACGUCCCUACCAUCUAUCCUUUGGACUCGCGUACAGACUACUGCGUAGGAGAACGGAUUGGGUAUACAUUAUCGGGUACACCCCCAUUCGAGAUCUACUAUACAUUUGAGAACGUGCAAAGGAAAGCAAAAUCACCAAAUACUAGUUUUAGGCGUAUUGCCGAGAAGCCAGGCAAUUUCAUCAUCACCGCUGUCUCGGAUAAGGCUAGUGAGUGUAAAGCAAAGACUGAGAUUACGAAGGUUAUCCAUGAAAUGCCCAGUGUCAGGAUUAGUAAAGGAAAGCAAGUAGAAGUUGAUAUUCACGAGGGUGGACAAGCCGAACUUCUAUUUGAGUUCUGGGGUGUGCCGCCUUUUGAGUUUACAUAUACAAGAAGUACGAAUGCGAAGAAGGGUCAGAAGUCACAUGUGCUAGAGACCAGGCAUGAGAUCUCGUAUGAACACAGCAAGACGAUACAGUCUUCGCAGGAGGGAACAUAUGAGGUAGUGGCCAUUAAGGAUCAAUUCUGCUCUUUUUCGACACUGAAAGUGGAUGGAAAGAGUGGGAAAAAGUUACUCCAAUACUAAAAUGGGGGCUUGAUGCAUAGCGCGGCGUUAGGGUGAAUUGUAUUCAAUGGGGAAAUGUCAUAGUACUACGAAUGGCAAUAGACGGAUG